GCCUGAUGAGUCCGUCCUGCUUUCGCUUUCAAUUACGGAAGAUUAAAUUGCCGGAUCUACCGAUGCCAAGGGGAUCUCCAAGGUCACAUUUGUCAAAUCCUUUUUCGAUAUUCUUAAACUCACUAAAAAGCCCCGCAAAACUUUCUACAUCGCUAUUCCAUCAAGUGGUGAAGAGUUAGUUGAUCAGAUAGAACACAUCUCUUACGAAUGACGUCCAUUUGUGUAAACAUGUCGCAAGCACCGAACGAAAUAUCCGCUCGGCUAGCAACGGCACUCCAACUUGGCUACCCACAGCAACUGCAAAAGAAGCAAAUAGCCGAUUCAACGAUGAGUGCAUCAGUGGUCAAGGCUGCAUUAGAUUACGAUCGGCUCGACGUUUUGUCGCCCUUUUCAGACCAAAAGCAGCAGCAGCAUCAACAGUCAACAAAAGAGCAUGUCGACUUUAUUUGUUUACUGCCGUACGAAAUUGUAUCGUCGAUCCUAGAACUGCUUACUACUGACGAGCUUUUGGAAUACAUGGACGUGAGCCGCGGGUGGCGAGAACAUAUUACGAGUAUUCCUACGUUAUGGCACCAGUUAUCAAUUACGCAUGGGGAUUAUGACGUUAUCACCAAGCUGACUUUCAUCGGCACGUACAUUCGGAAAUACACGAUCCACAAUGGAAACGACAAAGCAAUUAACGGGAGCCUGGAGCGAAUGCGUUCUGGAUCUUUAAAUAACAUCCAAUCACUAAGUAAGUCCCUUGAAAAGCGGAUUCUAUGUUUUUAUACUUGCCCCUCUCUCAAGAACUUUAUAUUUUUACAAGACUUACUCACUCUCUCAUCUGUCUGAAAAUUGAUGCUAAUGUUAAGCGUGGGAAAAUUGCAUUUGCACACACAGAAAUAUCCUUGACUCCGUUAGUUACUUGAGGGACACC